UCGUGCAAGUUAUAGAGCGAUUCAUGGAAGCCCCGGUGUUAUCUGACGCUGUAAACUCAUUGGAUGUCCACUGUAGUGCCACCUGUCCUGAAAGGGUAAAGAAAAAAAUAACUUUUUAUAGUUAAUAAUGAUGACUAAAUAAAAAGAAAAAAGGAAAAAAAAUAAAAGAAAGAAAAAAUUUAUGAUUUGAAAUGAAUUGAAGUUCUCAAGUAGGACGUCCAGAGGAGGUGGCGCCAAAACAGUAUGACGUCACAAAGAGUAAAUGGCCUUUGAUGUCACGUGAGCAUCUAACAGCAUCAGUACAAACACACGAGCAGGUGGGAAUCGGUCAGACGCUGCAUUCGAGCGCACGUGAUUCAUCGGAAGGCACGCGACUCAUCUGGAAAGAACUUUUCUACCAUGGAACACCUCACGUCUGAACUUACUUCAUUCGUUGAAUGGCUGGGAGAAUACCCACCGGAGCUUACUGCUGGAUCAUUAGAAGGCCAAGGCUCUGCAAUAGGAAAGACCACUUCUAAUGACACGGACUUGGAAAAAGACAACGCUGGCAGUACGACCACUAACUGGCUGCAGCUCUUGCCCAAAACACAUGGCAAACGCCAAGUGGUCAUUGCCUCCCUGGCUUUCCAGAAGACCUGGGCACAGGUAUGUCGUCUGCUGGAAAGCCUGGAGGAAGACUAUAAGAGGAUGGAGGACUGGUGCUGCCCAACAGGCAAACCUGACUCCAGCGCUCAGUUGGACCAUGUGACCUUCAUGAGCAGUAAACACCUGGAACAGAAGGAAUUCUUCCUCAAGGCCUGCACGUUAACCAAAGGCAUCGCAGAGAUCUUCUACCAGUAUGUAGAGAGGAAUGGCGAUACAAUGGGAAGGCUGGGUCACGACCAAGAAGAACAUGUUACAGGCAUCUUAACUGAUUUAUGUGAGAGAGAGAACCGUCUCCUCUGUUUAUGGAAUAUAAGAAAGCAGCAACUGGACCAGUGUCUGCAAUAUUUGACUUUUGAACGCCGUGCCAUACAGGCCCAGAAGAGAAUACAAGACAUGGGCGAGCUUUACCUGUCGAUGAACUACUCCACCGGCUCAGGCAUCGGCUUCAGACAGGAGCUGCUGAAGGAGAAGGAAAACAUUAACAUCAUCAGCAAGAAAAUUGAAGAAUGCGUUAAGCUUCUCAUCCAACUGGCAGACGGGUACUGCGCCAAAGGACACAGCCAUGCCGGCAAGAUAAAAAAAAGUGUUUUGGCAGUCGACCGGUGCUACCAAGAUUUGAACCGGCGAAUGGAAAAGCACCGCUCCAGCUUGGAGAAAUUGACCGGCGCUAAGUACUUGGCUGCCCAUUACACCAGGGAGAAGAACCAUGAAGGUAAUGACACCUUGCACGGAGACGGCAUGAUGCCAAGAUCGUGUCGCACACUCAAAGGCGGUCUUAAACUGGAGUAUAAAGGAAAAGGUCCCAGUUGGCAAAAGUGGCUCAACAAAAGCGUGUGGUGGCCAAACCAUAAUUAAGAAGAACAGUGGCUGGCAAACAACUUUUUAUUUUUGUACUUUUGUGUUAUUGUAUAUAUUUUUGUAUAUACAGUGGGGAAAACAAGUAUUUGAUACACUGCCAAUGGGUUAUUCCCAUUGGCAGUGGGAAAACCCAUUGGCAGUGGAUCAAAUACUUGUUCUCCCCACUGUAUUGUGUAUAUUUUGUAUAUAGUUAUGGUUUUUACUAAAUAAAUUGCUAU